GAGAUCCGAAGCGUCAGUUGCGCGGUGGCCGCCGUACCGAGUGUUACGGGUGUUCUCGGUAUCGUAUCGACGACGGUUGGCUCAAUCUCUCUUGCUCUUCAGAGAGCAGCUCCAUUUAAGCGAGUACUGGGAUUUCGGUAAACAACACCGCGAUUUCUGGACAGUGUCCACCGGCGUCCCUUGCAAUAGGAAAACCAGUGCAUCGCCAACGGAAGAAACUUACGGAAUUAUUCGGAGCGCGGUUCCCUUUUAAACGCGAGACACUUUUCGGAGUACUCGACUGGAUUACCACGAUCCCAAUGGAGGAUCGUAGAGCAAGGAAUACCCUAGACCCGCGUAUGCGAUUCGUCGAUCACCCCUGUUCAGACUGAUGCCUGGGUAAUUUCCAAGCCCCGCGAACGUUUCGAACUGGUUCGAGUGUCUAACAAGAUCCCCUCCUCGUGAAGUGUGAUUAAUCGUCGAAGUGCGUAUCACCGAUGCGGUGAAUACUCGAUAAAAAGGGAGAGCAGGGAAAUGAAACUGUUCGAAUGACGGCUGCGCCCACCGUUUCGCCGCGAUAACGAAUCGAACGAUCGGGAACCGAGAUCCACGCGGCUAACAAGAUCCCCGACGAAUCGGCUCUCGUAACAGUCGCCGUGAGCGAGUUGCGCGCGUAUCGAUUGGCAUCGGUGCCACACAUGUCAGUCGGCCGGAGUAAAUAUUGGAGGGCGUAUACGUGCGACGACAGCGUGCGUUAAUAAAGGCGAGCUAGCGCGGCCGGGCUAGCGGGCUGGCUGGCGUGUGAUGAUCGUUCGGAGCAACGGUAACGGGAGAAGAGGGCAACAACGACGACAACGGUCAGGGUAGAAAAGAUGCGCGAAAAGCACGCGAGCCGCGACGCCGCGGCCGGCCGCCGCGGAACGGUGUUGUCGGUGUCGUUCGCUUGCUACUACUGUCUUCUGGUGCCGGUGUGCCACGUGCUCGCGGUGACCAGCGAGCUGCCGCCCAGGCUCGACCUGCCGGAGCACUGUUCUUGGGACUCGCGGCAGGACGGCGCGGUAACCUGCGUCCACCGGUACACGGGUAACGAUGGAUCCUUCAGGACGAACUUCUCCCAGGCCACCAGCGAGUACGUGACGUCGGUGAACGUCGUUUGCGAGGACACCGAGGCGAACAUAGGCAAUGUGCUGAACGUGGACGGCUUCGUCCAGCUAUGGAGGCUGAGGUCGUUAAGGUUGACCGGUUGCAAAAUGGUCCAUUGGCCAGCGAAAGUGCUCAGCGGGCUCCGGGACCUACGUAACCUGACCGUGCGCAGCCUGAACGGGCGCAAGAGCAAGUAUACCCUGGAGCUAGAGAGCGGCGCGUUCGACUCGGUCCCGCAGAUCGAGAAGAUUGAUCUCUCCUGGAACAACAUCUGGCAGAUACCGGAGCACUUGUUCUGCCCGCUGUCGAACCUGCUCACGCUGAACGUCUCUUGGAACAUGCUGAAGGACAUCAACGAGCUGGGAUUCAGGGAAGUCGGGGACAGACACACGAGACGGCAACAGGAGUCCACCGCCGCGCCGUUUGUCUGUUCCCUGGACGUACAGUCGUUGGACGUGUCGAACAAUCAAAUCUCGGUGCUGCCCGCGUACGGGUUCUCGUCCCUGAAACGUUUGAGGGUGUUGAAUCUGUCUAGCAACGCGAUCUCGAUGGUAGCCGACGAAGCGUUGCACGGUUUGCGAUCGUUGGAGACGUUCGAUCUGUCCGGGAACAGGAUCGUCGCGUUGCCGACGGGGAUGUUUCAAGACGCGGCGAAGUCGCUGAAGGAACUACGACUGCAGAACAAUUCGAUCAGCGUGCUGUCCCCUGGCUUGGUCGCUGAUAUGAAUCAGCUGGUCGCGUUGGAUCUAUCGAGGAACGCUUUGACCAGCUCCUGGCUGAAUUCCGCGACGUUCUCCGGCUUGAUACGAUUGGUACUCUUGAACCUGUCUUACAAUCGUAUCUGCAAGCUGGACCCUGCCCUGUUCAAAGACCUGUACACUCUUCAGAUACUGAACCUUCAGUAUAACGAGAUCGAGACGAUACCGGCGGACACGUUCGCGCCGAUGAGUAAUCUGCACACGCUAGACUUAGCGUACAAUCGAUUAACCUAUCUCGACGCGUACUCCCUGAACGGACUGUUCGCGCUCUCCCUGCUGUCGUUGGACUCGAAUCAGCUCGAAGGAAUCCAUCCGGACGCGUUCCGGAACUGUUCCAGUAUGCAGGACCUGAAUCUGUCCGGGAACAAUCUGGACAGCAUACCGGUCGCCCUGAAGGACAUGAGGAUGCUGAGAACGCUGGACCUCGGCGAGAAUCAGAUCAGAAGCCUGAACAGGCCCGGUUUCCGGGGCAUGUCCAGUCUGUACGGAUUGAGGAUGAUCGGGAACGAGAUCACGAACGUCACCGCGGAGGAUUUCGCCGAGCUGCCCGCGCUGCAGAUCCUGAAUCUCGCCAGGAACAAGAUCGAGACGGUCGAGGCCGGCCUGUUCGCGGCGAACCCGGCGUUGCAGGCGAUCCGGCUCGACUCGAAUCUGUUGCAGGACAUGUCCGAUAUAUUCGCGAGCGCACCCGGUCUCCUCUGGCUGAACAUGUCCGACAACAUGAUCGUGCAGUUCGAUUACAGUUACCUGCCGGAGAAAUUGCAGUGGAUGGACCUCCAUAAAAAUCUGAUUAUGGAUCUCGGCGUCGCGCCCCAGGCGAUGAGAUUGCAGACGCUGGACGUGUCGUUCAACCGACUAACGAGGAUCCACUCGAGAUCGAUACCGGAUUCGAUCGAGCUUCUGUUCGUCAACGACAAUCUGAUACAGACCGUCGAGUCGCAGACGUUCUUCGACAAGAAGAACCUGACCCGCGUCGACCUGUACGCGAACCAGAUCGUCAAGAUGAACCUGUCCGCGUUCCAGUUGACCCAGGUGCCCGCGUACAGGCAGCUGCCUGAGUUCUACAUCGGUGGUAACCCGUUCAUAUGCGACUGCACCACGGAGUGGCUGCAGAGGAUCAACUCGCUCCCGAUGCGGCAACACCCUCGGGUGAUGGACCUCGAGUCGGUCUACUGCCGGCUGCCGUACGACCGGCACAAAUCGUUCAUACCGUUGCUCGAGGCGAAGCCGUCCCAGUUCCUCUGCACGUACAAGGCGCACUGCUUCGCGCUCUGUCAUUGCUGCGACUUCGACGCGUGCGACUGCGAGAUGACCUGCCCGGUCAACUGUACGUGCUACCACGACCAAUCUUGGUCGGCGAACGUGGUCGAUUGCUCCAACUCCGGCUACAAGACUCUACCCGGACGCUUACCGAUGGACGCAACCGAGGUCUACCUGGACGGAAACAAUUUCGGCGAACUGAACUCUCAUUCUUUCAUCGGGAGAAAGAAUCUGCAGAUUCUGUACGCGAACGACAGUAACAUAAUCGCCGUGCGCAACCACACAUUCAGCGGUCUGAAGCGUCUGCUGGUGCUACACCUCGAGAACAACAACAUCAGCGUGCUGAACGGCGUUGAGUUGAUGCCGCUGGAGAACCUGAAGGAGCUCUACCUGCAGAACAAUCUGCUGACGUACAUAGAUAACGGCACGUUCCUGCCGUUGCGGCAGCUGGAGGUGUUGCGACUGGAGAACAAUCGGCUGAGUGUGUUCGCGGUUUGGCAGCUGGCGCAGAAUCCGUACCUCGUCGACAUCGGUCUGUCCAGCAACCCGUGGAGCUGCGAGUGCACCUAUCUGGACCGGGUGCGCGAGUGGAUGUCGCUGAACCGGGCGAAGAUCAGCGACUGGCGGACCGUCACCUGUUCCCUGGGCAUGCCUAUCACGGUGCCGGCGAACGGCUCGCUCGUAAAUUGCGCCGCGUUGACCGGCACGACCUCGGUGAUCGAGCCGCGGCCGUUCGAGACUUAUCUGCCGCUACUGCUGGCCACCGCGGUCCUGAUAUUCGCGAUGGUGGCGCUGGUGUGCGGCGUGUUCAAGCACCGACGCGCGCUCAGGACAUGGGCAGCGAGCAGAUGCGGCCUGAGGGCAUGCUACAAGACCGCCGCGUUCGAGGACCAGGAGAAACCGUUCGACGCCUACAUCUCUUACUCGGCGGUGGACGAGGCGUUCGUCUCGACGAUCCUCGUGCCGGGCCUCGAGACCUCGUACCGUUUGUGUUUGCAUUACCGGGACCUGGGCGCCGGCAGCAACGUGGCCGACGCGGUCGCCGAGGCGGCCGACUCAUCGAGGCGCACCAUUCUGGUACUGUCCAAGAACUUUCUGCACGGGGAGUGGGCCAGGUUCGAGUUUAAAGCGGCGCUCAGGGACGCUCUGAAAGGGAAGGGACGCUCGGUGAUCCUGCUACUGGUGGGCGGUGUCGGUCCGCGGGAUCUCGACGCCGAUCUCAAAAAGAGAAUCUCCUCGCACACCGUGCUGGUGUGGGGGGACAAGUUGUUUUGGCAGAAGUUGAGGUUCGCCAUGCCGGACGUGUCCCCCAUCCCCGUUCUGGAGAGACCGCUGCCAUUGCCGCCGCCGCCGCCGCCCCCGGCGCAGCAUCAAUGGACGUAGAACUGCCAUUAUUUAGGUAAGAA